CGCACUGUCACGCAAUCGCGGCAGUGUAAUCAACAGGGACGCAACUGGCGCAUGGCCGGCAACAGAGCCAAAAUUUCCGCCCUCCACGGAUACCGAAAUGGGAACAUAAAUCUCAAGGCGGCACCGACAUGUCCACUACCACACAUGCGUUCUCUCUAGCGCUGUCAACGGAGCCUCUCACCUAAUCACUCCCAAACGCACUCCAAUUGAAUCCUCGUCUACAUUCACCUCCUUGGCAGGGCCAGAUUCUGCAGGAGAAGCAGCAGCAGCGGCAUCAGCAGAAGAAGCGAGAGGAGGGCCACAAGGGAAGGAAAAGGUGCGGAGGGAAGGAGGGAGGCAGCGGGGCCGAGAGCGGUGCGGGGUGGGUGGCAGUUUGGGUGUGGAGAGGGGGAGGGAGAGAGAGCGAGAGAGAAAAGAGCCGGUGGCAGGCGGGCAGGAAGGCAGGGGAUGACAACGCCCAACUCCUCCAUGAAGUCGCUCACAGCCUCCGCCAAGCGGAUUCAGAAGGAGUUGGCGGACAUCACUUUGGAUCCGCCGCCCAAUUGCUCCGCUGGUCCCAAGGGCGACAACCUCUACGAAUGGGUGUCUACCAUCAUGGGUCCGACUGAUUCGCCGUACCAUGGGGGAGUGUUCUUUCUGGACAUCAACUUCCCGAGCGACUACCCCUUCAAGCCACCAAAGGUGCUGUUCAGGACGCGCAUCUACCACUGCAAUAUCAACAACAACGGGCAAAUCUGCUUGGAUAUCCUGAAGGAGAAUUGGAGCCCCGCUCUGACAGUUUCCAAUGUACUGCUGUCCAUUUGUUCGUUGCUGACGGAUGCCAAUCCACAUGAUCCGCUAGUGGGUAGCAUUGCCCAGCAGUAUCUGAAUGACAGACCUGCGCACGACAAAACAGCAUCGGAAUGGACGAGGCGAUUUGCUCAGUAAUGAUGUGGAGGCGCUUGACAUGGAGGAGCGGGAGUGCGUGUCUUUUAUUUUCCCAUGGGUUGGCAGCUUUUAGUUUAGAUUUAAUGUGAACGGAGGUCCUGGAGCAGGGCGGGGCUUUGUUCCUGACUAAAAAAUGUGACGAACCCCGCGAGUUUCGGUUUAAUAUUGGCAGCUUACGGCCACAUAGCGAGUGAGGGGAGAAAUUAGAAUAGGAGGAGGGAAGGUAGGGGAGAUGGUUUCCAGGUAGGGUUUGUAUGGUGAGGGCACCGUUGCGAGGGUUUGGAGAAGCAGCGGCGCCUGGUAUUCUGGAGGCCCCCCUGCACGUCGUCCGCUUCAUCUCAAGUUUCCUCGAUCAGUAUAAAAGAGGCUUCCUAGACUUCUGAUUGAGCAGGAUGUCCUACGGGUCCUGGACCAGCCUAGGGCGUACUGAGUGAGGGGUGAUUGGUAUGUGCAGUGCAGAUGGUGCUGAGCGCAGAGCAUGCAUGGGCUGGAGAUUGCAAAGGAUGCCACUGAGCUCUGUAACAUUAGCGAGAAUGUAAUUUGCAGAGCUAGUUCUACCAUAAUUACUGGGUGUUGUGCAUGGGGUGUUUGUGUUCUCCGUGAGGUCGUGUCUCGUGAGGCUUUGGUGUGGAGUCGCGAGGUCUGGCAUCGGGGCAGGAGAGAGUUGUUGAAAGGGGGUAUGCGUACCUAUGCUGGAUGAUGGGCUGUGAGAGUAUACGGUUUUGUUAGCAUAUAGCAAUUUCAGGUGCGUAAUCUCUUGAAUGGUUGUGUCCCUGCUACUUUUAGCUGUAGAUGUGUGCCGUGGUAGGCGCAUCCACGGGCACAUGAAGCGUGGGAAGUCAAUAGUUUGCUGUGGCAACGCACGGUUGGAUGCUCCAGCCGAGGCUGUGCGGAUGGGGUUCGUGGUGUUUUCUAAAAUCAUAAUCGAUGGAAUUUGAACUUAUACGUAUGUGAAAAAGUAUCAUUUCAAAUAUUGAACAAUGUAAGCUUGAAAUAAUGCAACUUGUUUUAAGUCGAA